AUGUCCACCUACGAAGCCAUGAAACACAUGGAGGUGGCAGAACAACCCAAGCCGACGAGCAACGUCUGCUACCUUCCUCAUCACGGAGUGUGGCGAGAGUCCAGCACCACUACACCGCUUCGAAGAGUGUUCAACGGAUCCUGCCUAACUCACCAAGGAAUCUCCCUCAACCAUUUCCUGCUAAAAGGGGAGAAUCUGCUGCCAGCUCUAUCUGACGUCUUGCUCAGAUGGAGAACCCAUCGCUUUGUCAUCGCUGCUGACAUCGAGAAAAUGUACAGACAGAUUCUCGUACACCCAGAUGACAGAGACCUCCAAAGAAUAUUGUGGAAAACCGAGGAAGAUCAAGACCCACGCGAAUAUCGACUCAACACCGUGACGUACGGUCUCGCUUGCGCUCCCUUUCUAGCCAUCAGGACCAUCCGACAACUGGCUCACGACGAGCAGGCGAAUUUCCCACUUGGAGCAUCUAUUCUUCAACGAGAUAUCUACGUUGACGACAUCCUUACUGGAGCAGAUAAUCAAACGCAACUGCUCAAUCUGCAAAAGGAACUUCGAGAGAUAUGCAUGGCGGGCGGAUUUCCACUCAAGAAAUGGAUGUCAAACGACUCCACUCUGCUCACACACAUUCCAGAGUCAGAUCGUUUGGUAAAGGGCAACAUGUCUUGGGCUCCUACAGAGGAAACUCACUCCACUCUAGGGCUUCAAUGGAGCCAGCAAUCAGACACCUUCCUGUUCACCGUCCAACCAACCACCGCCAAAGCUAUUACGAAGCGAUCAAUUUUAUCUCAGGCAGCUCAACUCUUUGAUCCAUUAGGAUGGCUCACACCCGUAACAACCCGAGCAAAAAUCACCAUUCAGUCGACAUGGUUGAUCAACGCCAAGUGGGAUGAUCCUCUUCCUCAACACAUUUCACAAGACUGGAGGGAGUUUCACGACCAAUGGACAACACUCUCCAGCAUUCGCAUUCCUCGCUGGCUAAUUCGGACCAACAAAAUAGAACUCCAUGGGUUCUCAGACGCCUCCGAACAAGCCUACGCGGCCGUCCUCUACUUGCGAGCUCUCCAGGAAAACGGCCGGAGCGAAACAUCAUUGAUAGCUGCAAAGAGUAAGGUCGCACCACUAAAACAGGUGUCACUUCCUCGACUGGAACUUUGUGCGGCACAUCUCCUCGCUAAGUUGGCUCACCACACACUCAGGCUGACCAACUGGAAUAACAUCACUACAUACUUGUGGACAGACUCCACUGUCACGCUGGGCUGGAUCCAGGCACCUCCACGAAGAUGGAAGACAUACGUAGCAAACCGAGUCGCUGAGAUCCAAACAUUGCUUCCAGAAGCCAAAUGGAAUCACAUCCCGAGUCAGCACAACCCAGCGGAUUGCGCAUCACGAGGGCUCUCACCACGGGACCUACUCACACACCAACUUUGGUGGAAGGGACCAGAGUUUCUCUCCAAUGAUGAGAAACCUCCACGGAGUAAUCUCCAGACAGAUCUCACCAAUCUUCCAGAAGGGAGGUCAACAGCCCAUGCAGCAACAGCCAGAGAACCACCAACUGAACCUGAGAUGCUCAGUCUAUUCUCCAGCUACAGCAAGCUGCUCAGAAUCACCGCUUGA